AUCGAUUCUUCCAACACUCGUUUUUAUCGGCCAUUUCAAUCAUUAUGGCGUCCUCGGACCCAAAUGUCCCGGUUCCUGCCCUAGCAGAUGGUCUAUCACCUUCUCAUGCCUAUGUUCCUAACCAGGGCUAUAUAAAUUCUGAAGGCACAGUCCCCGCCACGGCGGGGCAAGACCUGACGCCGCAGGAAGGUGAAGAUGAUUACGAGAACGACGAAUAUUACGAUGACAUUUUCGAGGAACAGCUCGAUCAAGAAGACUUCAAUUCCUCGAACCCCGCCGAUCUUACAAAAGCUUACAACCGUCAACGCAAAGUAAACGAGCUGGCUGCCGAUGCGAACGCCCCCAAAUGGACCUACCCCAAGACCAAUACCCAGAAGCCUACUGUGAACACAUAUGCCUCCGUCGAUGAUGAGAUCAAGUCUUUAACUCGCCAUGCCAACAAGAUCAAGCUUGAUAACAUGCAGUCGGGUCUGGCGGUGCGUGGGGAGCGUGGUGCGGACAAGGCGGACAGAGCCACCUCCGAGCAGGUGCUGGAUCCUCGCACGCGCAUGAUCCUUCUGCAGAUGAUCAAUCGUAACAUUGUUUCAGAGAUUCACGGAUGUCUUUCUACCGGUAAAGAAGCCAAUGUGUAUCAUGCCAUGCUGUUCCCGGAAGAUGACCUCGAUGCCGCCCCGAUCCACCGUGCGAUCAAGGUCUACAAAACCAGUAUUCUCGUUUUCAAGGACAGAGAUAAAUAUGUUACUGGAGAGUUCCGAUUCCGUCAAGGUUACAGCAAAAGCAACAACAGAGCAAUGGUGAAGCUGUGGGCUGAAAAGGAAAUGCGCAACCUCCGCAGAAUCUACACUGCGGGUAUCCCUUGUCCAGAGCCCAUUAAUCUGCGGCUUCACGUACUUGUGAUGGGAUUCAUUGGAAACUCGAAGGGUUUGGCUGCACCUAGACUUAAGGACGUCGAAUUCAACCACCCCGAGUCAGAGACGAGAUGGCGUGAGUUAUACAUCGAAAUGCUUGGCUACAUGCGUGUCAUGUACCAAACCUGCCACUUGGUGCACGCAGAUCUGAGCGAGUACAACACCCUGUACCAUAAGAACAAGCUGUACAUUAUCGAUGUUAGUCAGAGUGUGGAGCAUGACCACCCCCGGAGUCUGGAAUUCCUACGCAUGGAUAUCAAGAACGUCGGCGACUUCUUCCGCCGGAAGGGAGUUGACAUUCUUCCCGAGCGUACUAUUUUCGAGUUUAUCAUUUCCCCCGAUGGCCCAACUACUGUGAACCCGUCUGAUGAAAUGGAUGACGCUAUCGAGAAACUUUUUGCCUCCAGGGCGGAAACGACAGACGAAGGGCAGCAGGAAGUAGAUGCUGCCGUCUUCCGUCAACAAUAUAUUCCACAAACUCUGGAGCAAGUCUACGAUAUCGAACGCGACGCUGAAAGAGUCCACGCUGGUGAAGGAGACGACCUCGUGUAUCGGGAUCUGCUCGCUCGCGAGAAGCCCUCUGCGCAGGCAGCCGAUAAUGAAAGCGAGCUUGGAUCCGACGUCAGCGGUGGCGUAUCGGUAGAAGGUUCCGACUCUGAAGACGGUGAUGAAGGCGAGAGAGACCCAUUUGAAAAGAAACAACCUCGUGGAAAGCGGUUUGAGGAUAAGGAUUCUAAGCGAGAACAUAAGCACAAGGUCAAGGAAGAGAAGCGUGAGAAACGUGCGAACAAGAUGCCAAAGCAUCUCAAAAAGCGUCUAGUGUCCGGCUCGUCCAAAAAGCGCAAGUGAACGAUCUGAGCGGCGACUUGAAGCACAUACUCAAGCUCUUUCUGAAGCGCUAUUCGAACAAAUAUCUUCGCUUGCCUCUGUGGCCUGGUCCUACAGAGGCAGUCGAGCCAGCACAUCAUUCCCGGCAUUUGGCUCACAUCGGGGUUCACGCAAAGUGCCUACGGAUCGCAUAUUAAAAUUCAGAAUCGGCUCCCGUCGAUUCGUCAAUUCGGCAUAUGGCCAUCCGAUACGAGGAGACCAGGUAAUCCUCAUCAAAAGUACCUCGUCAUCUAUACAUACAGCUGCAGCGUUUAGUCCUGUAGAAGCAUUCAGUAUAUAGACAGUCAAAAGACUAGCA